AGUACUUUGGAGUAUCAAGUAUUUGCAGUUCUUGUCCGCCGAGAUAGCGGCUCUUAAAAAUUGAGCGUCAAGUGCAAUCUUUCGCAAUGUUUUAAUCCUUUUCGAUUAGCUGUCCUAACUUUCACAUCGAAGUGUUCGUUCCGUUAUGUCACGGAAUAAUGCGCUCUGGCCCAGUGCCUUGUUGUGCUUCAUUGCAUUGUCCUUCAUGAUGCCAUACGUCAAAUUCAGCGAAUACGGAUCAGUCUGGAAGCCGGGUGUUCUCGAAAAUUUGGUAAUGAAAUUGUGGGGAUGCGAGAAACCCGGUGGAGAAGUUUCUACCCAUGAAGACCCUGUAAGUGACGAUGCGGAGGCGGAAACUGGGAACGAAGGGCCUGGUAGCAAUGAUGAGCCUGUCGCUGAUCAUGAUCCAGUGAAAAAUACGGAGAACGAGGCGAAGAAGAGGAAGCGUGAUUUGGAAGCAGCAUUGGACGACAUGUUGAAGUUGGAUAUGAAACUCGAUGGACUGGAAGAUACAUGGAAAGAAAUGCGUCAACGUACUCAUAACCGCGUUUUGAAUGCCUACAAAAAGCUGAAGCAGUUGAGAUCUGAGUUGUACGACAAUCGUGCUGAAGUGGUCGGAAAUAUUUCAGCCGCGGUUCUUCGACGAGCAUCUGUGCCGGGUCAAAUUGAGAGAUUGAAAACGCAGCAAGGGUUUCUUCAUGCUAGUUUGGAUGACCUACGACAGGCGAAAGAAGCUUAUUUUGAGCGAAAUGACGUUGAGCUUGGCGAAUUUGAAACUCAAUUUCAAGAACUUCAGGCUGGUUUAGGUGUUGCUAUUGACCGAGUUGAAGGGAUAGAAUCGACGCUGGAAGAUAUUCAACGAAAUCUCACGUGGCCACAGCAUCAAAUUCAGUUUGCUCUUGCUGAAAUGCGACAGAAUGAAAUCGUUGAAGAAGAAUCUGCAUCAGGAUGUCGUGAUAAGAGGAAAAAGCUGGAUGCAACGGAAUCACGCACCGAUAAUAACGGCAAAAAAUGUGAUGGCCAAAGUGACAAGUCGGAAAAUUCUUUCCUGCUGCACCUGGACGAUGAACCCGGAACUAUAACUGCUGAUGGAUCAAUGUUUGAAUCUUCCGAGAAUCCGAAGGCGUCGAAAGAUUCUGUAGCCGACUCGCAGCGAUUGAUGAAAAGUUCGAUUUUCAAAAACCUUUGGAAAGUGCCUGAUGAAGAAGUUGAUCCGUCGGAACACUUGAAAUUGGACGGAUUCUUCCCAUGUUCGAAGAAGACGUGCUCUUCGGAAGUUGUCACUUCAGCAUCUGCAGAUAUCAAGAAAGUGUUCGAUAAUGCGAAGAUUCUGAAGCAUGACGCUGCUGCUGUUCUUGAAAAAAUCGGAGACAUCAGCAAGUGUGCCGCGGACUUGAUUUCAUUGAAGUGGAAUAUACUCAAGGUACAAGCUGAAGCUCCUGCUGAUCCCAGUGAUAAGCUCAUUGGCUUGCCAGGGAUGAUUUUCACAGCAACUUCGUUGAACUUCCAAGCGAAUGCUGUGAAGGAUUUGGAGGAGUCUCUAACAGAGCUGCGGCGCGGUGCCCUUGUGGAAAAGUCCAAGCUUUCGGAAAUGCUCGACGAGGUAUCGGAAACUUUGGAAGACCUAGACAAGGUGCAAGAAGACGAAGUCGAAGUGCUUGGCAUAAUUGAAGAACGUCGUGGUGUCCGGAAGAAAAUAACGGAAUUUUACCGCAUGGUUGAAGAUUAUUUCUGCAUGAAGCCUGCCGCGAAUGCGUCUGUCGAAGUGAGUAAAUCUUCGAAAGGCGGGAACGUGACUGUGAAGGCAGAUGCCAAUGCAAAUGCUGCUUUGCUGGAGGAAUGUUCGCUUCAGGAUGCUAGUGGGAAAGCGGCUGAAUAUGCCGACUGCUUAGCUCGGUAUAUGCUGCGUGUGAAGCAAAUGGAAAUCGAUUUUGCGAAUUUCAAAGAGGAUAUGUCUCACGCACUUGCGUUGAAAUCGGAAUAUGGUGUUCUGAGAGCUGAUGCAGUUACGGCAAACACGGAAUUAAUCAACGCCUUGAGGAUGCUGCGUAUGAUAAGUUCUACUUUUGGUGGAAAUUUGAAGAGACUGUCGAGUGUUAGCUCAGGAAUUCUUGCCGCUUUAACGGAUAUCAGUGAUGAAAUCAAGGAGCAUCACAGAAAGCGGGAUGAAUCGUUGUGGAAGAUUUUCAAGGGAGUCGAAGACCUCAUGACUCGAUUGGGUGAUCAUUUGGGUUUUGCUACUCGAGCAGAGCGGAUCAAAACUGGUAUCGAAAUGGCUUCAAAAAGAGCUGAAGAUUUAUGCUCCAGAUUCAAUUGUCAAAUGACAGAAACAGCAGCACAAACAGCCGCUUUGAAACGAAAAGAAUCGGAGUUGCGGUCAUCAGAGGCAUCAAGUCCCGUUGAAGAUCCCGAUUCCCCGAGUGAAGGAAGUAGCUUUCCGGAUUUGUCAAAUCCGGAAGAGUUGAAAAAGAUUUUAGUGGCACUCGGACUCAUCCUAUUCCUAAUCCUGCUCUUCCGUGCUCUCAUGGGUCCGGGGAAAUCUCAGAGAGAUCCUCGAGCUGCCCUAACUCCAGCGAGCAUAGUUGAAAUGUUCCCCGAUCAAGAAAGCAUCUACGACUUCAGCCUUGCGAAAGGACUGAUUCUUUGCCGGUUGCUCUGUCCGCGUUGCGGAGUUGGCAACUUGAUUCUUCCACAACCUUCGGGAAGCGUGAUGUCUCUCGGGCAAAGAGAGUGUUCUGAAUGUGGACUUAUGGUUCCUGUUACUGAGAACACUGUGUAUUCUUGGAAUCCACAAGCGUCACCGUUGAUCGUAUUGCUUGUCAUGUGGGCCUGGAGCCACAAGAAGACCAUGACUCAAGCCAGGUACGAAAUUGAAAUGGCGAUGGGUGAUCCGCCUUCGCAAGACAUCGUGGAAUCGCUGUACAUGAUGUGCAAAGCCAUCGCUGAACGCUUCCUCAAACUCUGUCCGAAACGGACAACCGAAGGACACUACAGCAAAUUGCACAGAUUUGAAUGUUGUGACGAUUACGUCCUCGGUGGGGAUCAAGAAGUUGUGGAGCUUUACAUGGAUUACGCCUUGCCCAAUGGAGAUGCAGUUUUCUUGGCGAAGGAACGUGGCAGUGAUCGAGCGAUGAUGCGAAGCACGAGCUGCAUCGGGCCUGACACGUUGGAUGCAUUCGUGAAUCAGUUUGUCCAGCCGGGUUCUAUUGUUAUUCAUCCUCCUGUUGACGGGAGCGAGGUUUCAAUCGAUGGCUACGAAACUUUCGCAUUUGAUCCAUCCGAAUCCGCGUGCAACGUGACGACCAGGCAAGGGAGAACGGUGAAUGCCCACCUGAAGUCGGUUCUUCGACUCUGGGAGCAAAUGGUUCCCGAGAUGACAAACGACGUAACGGACGAACUCCACCUUCCUGUCAUACUAAUUCAAACCGUGUGGUACAAGUACUUCGGAUGCGAAGUCGGCUACGAUCCCUUCAACUCGUUUGUUGAACAAGCAGCGAAUGCUUUCUCCCAGUGGGCAGUUCAAUGGAGCACUGAAGCGUAUCCAGCGAAUGCUGAAGGCGGGGAUCCGCGAAAAAGAUCCCGGGUUUCCCCUGGAUUCCAGGGUGACACGCCAUGCGUUGAAGAAAGCAGUGGCGAGGAUGGGAAGCUUAAUGAACCUGUCAGACUAUCAGUGAAUGAUUGCGUGCGAUUUCGACAAGGAUUCGGCGAGAGUCCUUCGCCUCAUACUCCGGGAAAUGGUGAAAUGCUUCAUGUGACUCGUGAAGCUAUUGCUCAGCCUCGAAGUGUACCUGGUGUGCGAUUUGGUGCUUCUAGUGGUCUUUGUCGCAGGAUUAGCUGAAAAUUUCGAUUGUGAUUGGGUAAGCUGCUCACAUUUACGCCUACCCUCUUUGUUUACGUGUUUUUCUGGUGAAUUCUUCUAAUUGAUUUCGUUCUCAUAAUGCAGUGCUGCAAAAAGUCUUUACAUCAGCCAUGCGAAUGUGAAAUGAAAUUGCGUAAUCAAAAUUUUGUUCAUGGGUUUUCCAAAAGAUAACAGUCCAAAAGUUUGGUAGUUGCCGCAGAAAAGUGAUUUCUUCCGGUAGGCCUAACUUGAAUGUCACAAUUUCCAUCUGCAUACAUUCUUUUCAACUACGUCAGUCACUAUGGUUGUGACUCGUGAGGGUAGAUGUCAUUGGCUGUCGCAGUUGCAUUUCAACUCGGACCACUUUUUUUUAAGGAACUGAUAUUGGAUGAGGAGAAAUAAAACGCCAUUGAAAAAAUUGAA